AUGGCAUCCCCUCUCGAUCUCGAAAACCUCGACUAUGUUCAUCUCAUACCCUACAAUGGUUCUGGUCCCACAGGAGGAGAUUCUCUCACCGAGGAUCUGAACAUUUGGUAUGAGACUGGUGACAUUGGAUGGAUGAUUACAGCCACCGCGCUGGUGUUGCUUAUGAUUCCUGGCGUCGGUUUCUUCUACUCAGGACUCGCGAGGAGAAAAUCAGCACUUUCUCUCAUUUGGCUUUCCGUCAUGGCGACGGCUGUCACCAGUUUUCAAUGGUUCUUCUGGGGUUACUCACUAACCUUCUCCCAUUCGGCUGGUGCAUUCAUUGGAGACCUUUCAAACUUUGGAUUCAAGGACGUUCUCGGCCGUCCCUCUGUUGGCUCAAGCCGCCUCCCCGAUCUUCUGUUCGCCGUCUACCAGGGCAUGUUCUCUUGCAUCACCGUUGCUCUCGCGACUGGAGCUGUCGCUGAACGUGGCCGCAUGCUCCCCUGCGUCAUCUUCAUGUUUAUCUGGGCGACAGUCAUCUACGACCCGAUUGCUUGCUGGACGUGGAACCCUAGUGGAUGGUCCAACAAAAUGGGUGGUCUCGACUUCGCCGGAGGUACACCCGUCCAUAUUGCGUCUGGUACAGCCGCUCUGGCCUACUCAAUGAUGUUGGGCAAGCGCCGCGGUCACGGCACCCACGAACUUAACUACCGACCUCACAAUGUCACCCACAUUGUUAUCGGCACCGUCUUCCUCUGGGUCGGCUGGUUCGGUUUCAACGCUGGCUCAGCUCUCUCUGCCAACCUUCGCGCUGUUCUUGCCGCUGUUGUCACCAACCUGGCAGCCUGCGUCGGCGGUAUUACUUGGUGCGUGUUGGACUACAGGCUGGAACGCAAGUGGUCUACCGUGGGCUUCUGCUCCGGUGUCGUUGCUGGCCUGGUCUCCAUCACACCAGGAUCCGGAUACGUCCCUGUCUGGGCUGCUGUUCCCUUUGGUAUUCUUGGUGCGGCUUUCGCCAACUACGCGACUAAGCUCAAGUUCAUCCUCAGAAUCGACGACGCUCUCGACAUCUUUGCCGUUCACGGCAUUGGCGGUCUCGUAGGCAAUGUCUGCACUGCCUUCUUUGCUGCCAACUACAUUGCUCACCUCGAUGGCGUUUCCGAAAUUGACGGAGGCUGGAUCAACCACAACUGGAUCCAGCUCGGAUAUCAGUUAGCUGACUCCUUCAGCGGUGGCGCCUACUCCUUUGUCGGCACUUGCACUAUCCUCUUCAUCAUGAACAUGAUUCCCGGCCUUCGUCUCCGUGCCACCGAAGAGGCAGAGAUCUUGGGUAUUGACGAUGCCGAAAUUGGCGAGUUCGCUUACGAUUACGUCGAGCUCACUCGAGAGGUGCUCAACGAUAUGGACAACGAGGCUGCUAGCCGCUACUCCAACGAUAUGGCUUCUUUCCAGCCGAUGGAGAAGAACAACAGCAUUCCCUUGAUGGAUGCCCGCAACUUUGCCGGGUCAUCACAAUAUCCCUCACAAUUCGGACACGCGCAAUGA